AGAAUUUGCAGUUUGAAUCAUGACCUGCGUAUUUUCCUACAAAUUAACAUCAGGUUAGACGAACCGGUUCCCACUGUUAUCUCCAGAUGUUUAGUGGAUCAAAACCGUGAAAUGAAAGAAACGUGAAGACUCGCCGCUGCACCGCGCACACAUGUUUCCAUGACGACGCGGGGGAGGGGUGCUGUUACACCCACCGGAAACGGUCUCUGCAGUGCCAGCAGAAAAUGGCAAGGAGGCACAAUUCAUACCUUUUUUAUUGAGUUUAAUAGUCAUAUCUCAUCCUGCACCUAUGUGUGCUGAAUGGUUGAACCGUGCGGAAGCAGCCUGGAGACCCUCGGUGGCAGGACUGGACCUCCGUGUGCGGGGUUUGAUGAAGUAGUUCGCCGACUGUUUUGGAAACCUCGUCCCGGCCGAGAGUAGAGUGUGUGUGGGAGAAGAAGAAGGCAGAGCUGGUCCUGCCCCCCUUCAAGGACCAACCUGCAGUGCUGGCGAUAAAAGCCUCGCUGGCGACCAUGGAAGGCUACCACGAGGAUCCGUAAUGGAGACAAUCCCAAGCCCUCGACCCGCAGUCUAAAGGUUUCAGUAUGCCCGACCGGUGGUGCUCCACCCGGCUCUGAUAUUCACGUUACCGGCCUGCUUUCCUCCACCUGGACCUUUCUCUGCAGGCCACAGCGUUAGCCUCCUCUGUGCUGCACCUCUGCGCUCUCAUGGUGCAGGGUGUUCCAUGACUACCUUGUUUUUUGUCAAUUCGAGGACAUUUUAACUCCAAAUCGUGUUUUAUGGGAUUCAUAUCGGUGAAAGAGAAGCGGGCCUAAGCCAAAAUGGUGAACUGGAGGCGGCUGCUGCGAGUGUCCAACCGAUCGUUCCUGGCCUUCAUCUUCUUCUUCUCCAUGUCCACCACUUGUCUCUACUUCAUCUACGUGGCCCCUGGAAUAGCCAACACAUACUUCUUCAUGGUGCAGGCUCAGGGCAUCAUGUUGAGGGACAAUGUGAGGACCAUCGGCCAAAUGAUCCGAUUAUACACCAACAAGAACAAUACGCUCAAUGGGACAGACUAUCCUGAUGGCAGUAACUCCAGUGAGUACCUGGUCCAGCCCACCACAUACCUCCCCGAGAACUUCACCUAUGCCCAGAAUCUCCCCUGCCCAGAGCGAUUACCUUCUAUGAAGGGCCUUAUGGAAGUGAACAUGACUGAGAUCCCUAUGGAAGAGAAAGAAUUGAAGUUCUCCAAGUUUUUUGACAUUGAGUUUGGAGGCCAUUGGAAACCAAAGGACUGCAGACCUCGCUGGAAGGUGGCCAUCUUGAUUCCAUUUAGAAACCGCCAUGAACAUCUCCCCAUCCUCUUCCAACACCUCAUCCCCAUGCUGCAGAGACAACGGCUGCAGUUUGCCUUCUAUGUCAUAGAACAGAGCGGGAGCCAGCCCUUCAACAGAGCCAUGCUGUUUAACGUGGGCUUCCUGGAGGCCAUGAAAGACUUGGACUGGGACUGCUUGAUCUUUCAUGAUGUUGACCACAUCCCCGAAAACGACCGAAACUACUACGGCUGUGGUCAGAUGCCACGCCACUUUGCUGCCAAGCUCGACAAAUACAUGUACAUUCUUCCAUACAGCGAGUUCUUUGGUGGUGUCAGUGGACUCACUGUGGAGCAGUUCCGCAAGAUUAAUGGCUUUCCCAAUGCAUUCUGGGGCUGGGGAGGAGAGGAUGAUGACUUGUGGAACAGGGUUCACUAUGCUGGUCUGAAUGUCACACGACCAGAGGGAGAGAUCGGCAAGUACAAGUCUAUUCCUCACCACCACAGAGGAGAGGUGCAGUUCCUUGGGAGGUAUAAACUUCUGAGGUACUCCAAAGAGCGGCAACACCUGGACGGCCUCAACAACCUCCAUUACAGCCCCCAGAUCUCCCUCAGUAACCUCUACAAGAACAUCACAGUGGACCUGUACCCUGAGCUCGCCCCUAUCGCAGACUACUGAACUGCCCCCACCGACCCCAACCCAGCCCCCCUGGUCCAGACCCCCAUCUCGACCCAGCUCCCCUCCGGCCUUGCCACUCCAAGGCAGAGCGGCAAUGUAGUAGAUGAGAGGAGAGGAGAGGAGGGGGGCACAGGCCGGGAGGGGUGAAGAGGCGCACCAUGUAAUGCUGCCAAGAAAUCUUAGUGAGGAAAAAAAAACAAACCGAAAAAAAAGAGGAAAAAAUGAAGAGGCAGUGGCUAGCCUCUCAAAGUGAACUGUUGAUUGUGUGUGUAUGUAUGUAUGUGUGUGUGUGUGUGUGUGUGUGUGUGUGUGUGUGUGCGUGUGUGUGUGUGUGAUUGUGUGUGUGUGUCAGGUUAGUGAAACUGUGUGUGAAUGUGUGUGUGUAUGUUGAAUGGGUGAGUUGCUGCAUGUUUUUUUUGUCCGUGCCGGCUUAACUACUACAAGUUGACCUGAGUCUUGGUUUAGGUUGGGGGGAGCAGCAGCAUCUCAGCUCUGAUGUUUACUGCAAAGCCUUAAUGUGGCAGAACCACAGCUCCCUGUGCUCGGCUCCGCACUGCUUCACUUCUGAUGUAUCACCGUCACCUUACAAGCCAACAGACAAGAUCUUGUCUCACUUUCUACUUUCAUUUAUUUUCUACAUAUCAUUUCGUUGGGCCACAGUAUUCCUUUCAAAAGGAGGGAUCUGAGCAAGGUCGUCAUCAAUGUUUGUGGUAUUUUAUUAUUUGAUAUGUGGUAUUUAUUUUCUCUGAGUCAGGGUGUUCAAAGAAGCACUCUUGUCUGUGUCACUCAAGUGUUUGCUGUUUGUUUUGCUGCACUGCUGCUGAAUACGCAUGAACAUGUAUGUAAAUAUCGGCCUCUUACAGCUCGAACACAGAACACAAAUAUGUAAAUAUGGGCCUUUAGAGCUCGGGCAUAUUACAGUGAUAUUCCAGUGGGUUUGAAUUUUAUUUUGGCAGCUACCUUCGUUCUGAGGAUUUAAUAAGAGUGAGUGUUCUCUUCCUAACAGGAAGAUCUUCUAACAUAUAGGAUGUUUGGCUUUAAAAAAAGAAGUAUCCAAAUCUCAAGAUUUGACAUUAUCCUUUGCAUGCCUUAAUUUAUUUUGUUUACCAGAUUUUGUUCUUUUCAGACAUAAAUUAUUUCAUCAUUUGGAGAUGUGUAUAUUUUUAAUUUGCCUUUGUUCUUUUCAUUUUUGAGGUGCACUGUGUGAAAAUAGUAGAGCUGCUCUACUAAGAGGGUUGGAGACUGAGUCUCUCCUCUGUGACUUUGUACAGAGAGCAGGGUUGGCCAUUACAGCGAGAGUAUGUCCAUGCAACAUGCUUAAGUGCAGGUUUAUGGUCUCAUGUGAGUGUAUAUUUUCUGUCCCAGAUGUAUUUUUUUUAUUUUCCUGAUUUUUAUUCAAAUGAUUUAGUGCUGGACCAUGUGAUAAAGCUCUUCAUUGUACUGUACCGUGCGCUGAAGCACGAGGAUUUGGGCUGGAUGCUGUGUGUGUCUGGACUGUGGUGUAAUAUGAAUUAUUUUCUAAGCUAUGGAGUCAGUCAGAAGGGCCAUGAUGAGAGAACUUCAGCGUCAGCUGGUCGCGGCUUGUUCUUGAAUGGCACGCGCUGUGAAAAGUUUAAUUUCUUAAAGCUUUGAGCACUAUAAAGACGGAGAGGAACGUGAAGGCAGAUUAUUUUUGACCAGAUGUUCACUGUUACAAUUCUCCUCUAUAACUCUAGUUUGAAUUUGACAUUGAAUUGUAUGUUUGCAAGUUUUUUUUAUUCUUUUGACAUACAGUUUGUACUGAGAUGUUAAAUCUGAACUCUGGCCAUUUUAGACUUUGAUCUUAUUUCCUGUCCUGUCAGGCUUUUAAAUUUCAUUAAGGGCUUUUUGAUGAGGCUCUUGCUCCAUGUCAAACAUUAGGAGUUCUGUACAAACUUUUGACCCACAUCCACAGGGGAUGAUUUUAGUGAUCAAAACCACAAGACCCUCGUUCAUAAACCAGUGAAUCAGGGCAAGACUGGAAACACAUUGUCCUCCUGGACAGAUGCCACACAGGCAGUGUAUGUUAACAUUAUUGUUGUAGGUGUCAUUUCCUUUAAAUCUUCAAAAAAUGACUCACCCCAUGGUCCAUCCAAUGGCUCUGGUUGUUGUGGAGUGUUGUGAGUUUAAAAAUGGUUUAAAUGUUGGUUAAAAAGAUAAUCAAACAAAUUAAAUACAUAUCAAACUCAGUGAAAUAGUCAUUUUAAAGGCCAGCAAUUUCAAAGAGGAAGUGCCCACUAGUUUAGAAUCUAAUCUAAAAACAUCUACCUGCAGCCAUACGUUUUUGUGGGUUCAUUUGAAGUAUUUCUAAAGCUGUAUUUGACUGGGCAUUCCUCCAAAUUGAUAUGAAACAGUCACUAAUGGUAACUAGACAGUAUAUUAGACUCAUCUUAUGUGUCAGAUGUCUGCUAUUACGCAGUUUGCAGUCCUGAUUUGCUCAAAGGGUCUCUACAAACUGCAUGUUUUCUCUCAAAGUGAUCAAAUCACGCUGCAGUGAGACGUGUUCACCAGUAGCCUCGAAACCAAAGUGUUGACUUGUCACUAGUUCUCACAGAGGUGCCUCAGUGGCAUUAAAAAAGUGUCUGCGUGCUGCUCACAUUCGGAGUGGUGCGCACUUUGAAAGCCUGACGCCAAAGCAGUUGAGUUGUUUUUUUUUUAAAUAUGUGAGAAAGAUGAGUUAAAUAAGCUUUUGGUUUGAAAUGGCCAGAGUGAUAUUUUUUUAUUUAUUGUCUGUUGUUUCAAGGUAUUUCAUUUCAGUCAGAACACCCAGGGGUCUCAACACUGCAAGGACUGUCCUUUAAAGUCCCACCUAGCCCCCUCCCUCUAAAAAACACAAGUGUUGCCCUGUAUCUGUGUUUACAGAGUUUAUUUUUUUCCUCCAAAAGAAGCAGAAAUGACUUAAUCUUAGGCUACAAUCCAAUCCAACGAGUGUUCAGGCACACAGCUUUAACACGCAGCAGCACGUGGCUCAGAUUACAGACGAGAGAAAUUCUCCGUCGGUCUGAUGUUGUGCUGAAGUCCACACUCUUUCAGCCGUGCUUUUCUUUUCUGCUGAACGGGGGACUCAAAGUCGUAUUGGUUCAGAGGAUGAUCCUCUUGUGCUUUGCCUUUCUUAGCUUAAUACGACAUUUUUUUGCAUAAGAGAAGAAGAAAUCAUCCCUGUUUCUAGAACACUGGCUGUGUAGCAGUACGAUUAAGUGUUGUUGAGAAGUGGUUCUUGUAGCCUGGCUACUCACUUUUGUCAUACCAUUCUAUUCAUGACUCUUCAGCUUGACAGGACAGUGCCAUGUUGUCACACACCCUCUGCCAUCCCGUUCUGUUGCCACAGUAUUCAAUUCAGCAGUAAUGCCUUAAUUAUUAAUUACUGCUUGUCAUGAAGUAUUUUAUUCAAAGCGUAUAUCGCCAUGAGGGACGAGACUGAAUCAUCCUGUAAAGUGCAUUUUAACGUUCCUUCUCACACAACUCCCAGACCCCAUCACACUCCACACUCUGAAGAGCAUGACCCGCAUGUUACCUCUCACCUUUACUCAUGCUACUGCUGUGCCAAUGAAGUUUAACUUUGUCUAAACUGUGACAGCUGUAAGAUGCGAAAAAGACUCCGGCUACUUUUGACAGUGAACAUGUGGCCCAAGACAGGUCUCAGAUUUUGGGAUGCAAUAUAAUUGAAGAGGUUUUCAAGUCCAAUUUUUUUCUCCACAGACAUUCGGGGCCAGAGAGAACAAUAGAAUAUAGGCACAAAGCUGAAAAAUACAGAAACCAACAGUUGCCCAUAAACACAAACAUCGUGUCUUCAGUUACGUCCUCUGUGCCUGGCAAAUGGAGAUUCCCAGUUUGUAAUCCAAACUGUUCUGAUUAUGUCGUCUCCAAGCCUGAGAAGAUAUCGUUACACUGAUGACAUGAGCCACGGAAGAUGGACGAGUGUAAAUAAUAGCAAAUCAACUGGUUUUAGAUGGAACAGGUCAGUCAAGAGUUAAUCGAAAAAUGUGUCCAACGCAAAACCAUCAAAUAUCCCAAACGGACUAUAUCAUCUUUUUUUUUAUAUACUUGUAUGUGAUUGAAUCGUUCUGUUCAUAUUCAUAUUCAUAGUGCAGCAUCAGAGAUAAACUGAUGCAUUUAAAUGCGAGGAAGGUUUUUCCAGCAGGUGUUCGGUGGAGGGGCGGUCAGCAUGUAGCGCUUUAGAUCAGGCUAUACUCCAUUAUUCUCAUGGAUCUGCUUAGUGUCUAGUUUGCAUGGCCAAAGCCAAAACUCUGGUCCAGAUGCCAAAUACUAUAAACUGAGAAAUAACCUGUCUUGGAUAUCUUGUGUUUGUUUCUGUAAUCGCCUCUGACAGAUGUUGACUGUCUGGCCAAUGGGUCCCAGUGUUAGCUGAGAUUGUUUCCACCAAUCCCUUUCUCAUCUGAAAUCUUAAAGUAUCUAAGACAGUUCAUAUGAAGUGUUCACCAGUAGACAACUGUAUUCCAUUUUGCAGUAUUUGUUUGUGCCUUGAGUUGUUUUCUUUUCUUUUUUCUCUCUUUACAUUCAAACUGAAGAGAUUAAAAAUGUUCUUGUUUUCCUGAA